UACUCGAGCGGCGGUGCUGGCGGUUAUUCAAGCGGUGGUGUCGUUGGUGCUGGCGGUUACUCCAGCGGCGGUUCUUACUCUAGCGGUGGUUCUGGUGGAUCUUACUCUUCAGGCGGCGCUGGUGGCUCUUACACUUCAGGUGGUGCUGGCGGUUCUUACUCUUCAGGCAGCGCUGGUGGUUCUUACACUUCAGGUGGUGCUGGCGGUUCUUACUCUUCAGGCGGUGCUGGCGGUUCUUACACUUCAGGUGGUGCUGCUGGCCCGUCCAACGAAUACUUGCCACCUGUACAAAGCUACUCACCACCAGCUCCAGUCUACUCUAGUCCAUCAUACUCUUUAGGCGGUAACGGAGGCGGAUACUCGAGCGGCGGUGCUGGCGGUUAUUCAAGCGGUGGUGUCGUUGGUGCUGGCGGUUACUCCAGCGGCGGUUCUUACUCUAGCGGUGGUUCUGGUGGAUCUUACUCUUCAGGCGGCGCUGGUGGCUCUUACACUUCAGGUGGUGCUGGCGGUUCUUACUCUUCAGGCAGCGCUGGUGGUUCUUACACUUCAGGUGGUGCUGGCGGUUCUUACUCUUCAGGCGGUGCUGGCGGUUCUUACACUUCAGGUGGUGCUGCUGGCCCGUCCAACGAAUACUUGCCACCU